CGGGAAGCCAGCGAGGUCGGUUCCGCCCGACUCCAACAUGGCGGCGCCCUUUGUCUGCUCUGAAGUGCUGUCCCCGGCCUCCUCGCGGCCGUGAUGCACCUCCCUCUGCGGUGGGGUCCAGGACAUGGCAGGUAAUGAGCUGGAGGAGGAGCGCCAAGCUGGAGUUGCCCCAGACAAACUGUCAGAACAGAGUAGCCUGGGCUACUUGGAAAUCUGAGCCAUGGAUUUUCCCCAGCACAGCCAGCAUGUCUUGGAGCAGCUGAACCAGCAGCGGCAACUGGGGCUUUUGUGUGACUGCACUUUUGUGGUGGAUGGUGUUGACUUUAAGGCUCAUAAAGCAGUGCUGGCGGCCUGCAGCGAGUACUUCAAGAUGCUCUUCGUGGACCAGAAGGAUGUGGUGCACCUGGACAUCAGUAACGCGGCAGGUACCCCACUGGGUCCAGGGCCGAGCUUGUGGCGGGCCCCGUGCCACGUGAGGCCCUCCUUUGAACAGCACCUUCCAGCUGUGGGGUGCGCCAGACCUCCCACACAAGACUCGGCCAUGAGCCUGGGGCAGGUGCUGGAGUUUAUGUACACGGCCAAGCUGAGCCUGAGCUCUGAGAACGUGGACGAUGUGCUGGCUGUGGCCAGCUUCCUGCAGAUGCAGGACAUCAUCGCGGCCUGCCAUGCCCUCAAGUCACUGGCUGAGCCGGCUGCCAGCCCUGCGGAGAGCAUGGAGGCUUCGGCCUUGGAAGUGGGGGACAAGAGAGCCAAAGAAGAGAAGGCUGCUGCCACUACACUGAGUGAGCUGGACCUGGCCAGAAGCAGUCCACCCAUGGGCCUCGGCAGGGAGCCCAAAGAGGAGCGAGGCGGCCAGGCCGAGAGCACAGCCAGCGGUGCAGAGCAGACGGAGAAGGCCGAUGCCCCCCGGGAGCCUGCGGAGCUCAAGCCGGACCCCACGAGUGGCAUGGCCGCUGCUGAGGCCGAGGCUGCCUUGUCAGAGAGCUCAGAGCAAGAAAUGGAGGUGGAGCCAGCCAGGAAGGGAGAAGAACGAGAGGAGGCGGGCGCCGUGCCCACGGUGGUCAAGGAAGAGGGUCCGCCGCUGGAAAAGGGCGAGGCCCCCGAGGAGAGUGAGGAGUCGGCCAGCACGGACUCGGGCCAGGAGCUCAGCGCGGAGGCGCGGGGCCUGCGCUCGGGCACCUACGGCGACCGCACGGAGUCCAAGGCCUACGGCUCCGUCAUCCACAAGUGCGAGGACUGUGGGAAGGAGUUCACGCACACGGGCAACUUCAAGCGGCACAUCCGCAUCCACACGGGCGAGAAGCCCUUCUCGUGCCGGGAGUGUAGCAAGGCCUUCUCCGACCCGGCCGCCUGCAAGGCCCACGAGAAGACCCACAGCCCGCUGAAGCCCUACGGCUGCGAGGAAUGCGGCAAGAGCUACCGGCUCAUCAGCCUGCUGAACCUGCACAAGAAGCGGCACUCGGGCGAGGCGCGCUACCGCUGCGAGGACUGCGGCAAGCUCUUCACCACGUCGGGCAACCUCAAGCGGCACCAGCUGGUGCACAGCGGCGAGAAGCCCUACCAGUGCGACUACUGCGGCCGCUCUUUCUCCGACCCCACGUCCAAGAUGCGCCACCUGGAGACGCACGACACCGACAAGGAGCACAAGUGCCCUCACUGCGACAAGAAGUUCAACCAGGUGGGGAACCUGAAGGCCCACCUGAAGAUCCACAUCGCCGACGGGCCCCUCAAGUGCCGGGAGUGUGGGAAGCAGUUCACCACCUCAGGGAACCUGAAGCGGCACCUUCGGAUUCACAGCGGGGAGAAGCCCUACGUGUGCGUCCACUGCCAGCGGCAGUUCGCUGACCCCGGCGCCCUGCAGCGGCAUGUCCGCAUCCACACAGGUGAGAAGCCAUGCCAGUGCGUGAUGUGCGGCAAAGCCUUCACCCAGGCCAGCUCCCUCAUCGCCCACGUGCGCCAGCACACCGGGGAGAAGCCCUACGUCUGCGAGCGCUGCGGAAAGAGAUUCGUCCAGUCCAGCCAGCUGGCCAAUCACAUCCGCCACCAUGACAACAUCCGCCCUCACAAGUGCAGCGUGUGCAGCAAGGCCUUCGUGAACGUGGGGGACCUGUCCAAGCAUAUCAUCAUCCACACUGGAGAGAAGCCUUACCUGUGUGACAAGUGCGGUCGCGGCUUCAACCGGGUGGACAACCUUCGUUCCCAUGUGAAGACUGUGCACCAGGGCAAGGCAGGCAUCAAAAUCCUGGAGCCAGAGGAGGGCGGUGAGGUCAGCGUGGUCACCGUCGAUGACAUGGUCACGCUGGCCACGGAGGCACUGGCGGCAACGGCCGUCACUCAGCUCACAGUGGUGCCAGUGGGGGCGGCGGUGACCGCAGAUGAGACAGAAGUACUUAAAGCCGAGAUCAGCAAAGCUGUGAAGCAAGUGCAGGAGGAAGAUCCCAACACUCACAUCCUCUACGCCUGUGACUCCUGUGGAGAUAAGUUCCUGGAUGCCAACAGCCUGGCCCAGCACGUGCGGAUCCACACGGCCCAGGCGCUGGUCAUGUUCCAGACGGAUGCGGACUUCUACCAGCAGUACGGGCCAGGCGGCACGUGGCCGGCCGGGCAGGUGCUGCAGGCUGGGGAGCUGGUCUUCCGCCCCCGGGAUGGGGCUGACGGGCAGCCGGCCCUGGCAGAGACGCCUCCCGCAGCCCCUGAAUGCCCACCAUCUGCUGAGCUCGGUGUGAGAAUCGGACGUCCCCUCUCCACCCCUCUCCGCUGUGGAGCCACGGCUCUGACCCUGUGCCCUUGUGUUGGGAGCGGGGCCCACAGGGCUUGGCCACAACUGCUUACCAGAAUCCAGGCCACCCGUAGAGAGCCCGGCUCGGGGGCCCAUUCAGCCAGAACAGCAAGAUAGGCAGAGCACCAGACCCAACAGGCCGUAGGCCUGCUUCGUUUGGGCCUAGGGAAGAGGGAGAGCUCCACACUCGCUUCACGGUAACCCUGGCCGCAAGAUCAGGGCCAAGCCAGUGUCAUGUUUUGAGAACGUUUACUUGCCCUGAAAUCAGUGGCGUCUCUACAAGGCUGAGAGCCUGGAGGGACAGGAAGGAGCGGCCAGGAGCUGUGACGGAGAGGUGGGAGACGGCAGCACGGCUUAAACCAGGAGCAGCAGCGUGGACCGUGAAGCAGCUCAUUCUUACCUCUGUCAGCAGGGAGACGUGAGAUGCCAUCUCUGCCACUUUUCCAUUCAGCUUGUCCCCAGCAGCUGUAAUUCCUCACCCGGAGAUGGUACCAUCUCGCACCGAAAGCAUAGCUCUAUUUGGAGGAGCCCCAGGGAGACACUGCAAGUGAGACCAGCAACUUUGUGGUCCUUGUGUUCCCGGCCCCCACGCCCAACUCCCCCAGCUUGUGGUGGGUCCCGCUGCUGGGGAAGCUUGGCCCACCGGUGCCAUCCUCCUACUGGGAGGCAGCUGCUGCAGGGCCAGCCUGCACCACACCCGGAGGAGGGAGGGACAAGAGGCAAGACCCUAAAGCUUCCUUGAGAUGUUUCUGAGUUUGAGUGGGAGGUGGCUUUAUUCUUUAAUCAAUCAAAUUUGAAGUGCCUUCGACAUUACGCAGGAGCCAGUUGGGAUCUUGAAGUGUCAGAUAAACACCACAGCACUGAAAAAUAGUUCAAGUUCAGUCUGUGAUGAAAAGUCUUCUUUUGUACAAGAUAAAAUGAUCCUUGGGGAGGAUCAGUGGCAGAAAGGAAAUAAUAGGUUCCAUAUACAGACGUGGUGUAGGGGGUUGAAAGCAAAAGUGGGACGAAGGCUAGCUGUUCCCAUAAGCCAGGGACCCCUGGUCCUCCCAUCCAAGUGACAAUCACAUCCACACUUGACAUGUUCUGUAUUUUUUAAUAAAGUUUGUAAUCCAAUGGACACACAAAACAAAA